GGUAUAAAUGGCUAUCCGAUAAAUUUUAUUAAACUAUGUAAUCUUUACUCCGGCAUGAUUUGAAAAUUAAUUGAUUGUGAAGUGGAGUUGAAAAUCAAGGUUUUCAAUAUGGGUCAGGAAAUAUUUGAGAAAAUUGUGGAUUAACAUAAUUUAAAUAAAUACUAAUAGAAUUACAUCGAGAGAUGUGAAAUGUUUUCAUUGAAAAAUACAAUUCCACCACAGAUUUAUGGUAAUAAACAUUCAUUCAUAAUUAUAUUGUUUAUAAAUUCUGAUGGAUCUUUGUGUUAUUUACAUUUUAAUUUAUCUUAAAUUUCUUUUAGAUUAUGAGAACAUGGAUACAGUAGACAUUGAGG